CACACGCAGGAAGUGUACAAUCUAGUAGAUGUACUUCUAGGGUCAACUCUUUCAGUCAAACUACCUUCAAAGAGCGGUUAGAGUUUAACCCAGAAAAGUUGCAGCCUGUUACGGUCCCCACUACCACAGGAUGGACUCUGAAAUUCUGAACAUAGAGGAGAUAGUGAUGGGACGGGGCUUGCCAGAUCCACCUCCCGAAGCUCCCCCUGAAAAGCCAGCAGAACCAUAUAAACCCAUCACUCUGAAUGGACCUCCGACUACUACUGUUCAACCUUACCAGCAUGAAAACCUGCAGUGUUUCCAGUGUUUCAUCACGUUCUGUAGCGCCAAAGCCAAGGAGAGGCACAUGAAGAAGAGCCACAGAGAGGAGUAUAAACAACAGCUUCAGCAGGGAAACACACUGUUUACAUGCUACGUAUGUGACCGUACAUUUCCAUCAUCUGAGGAAUUGACACAGCACCAGCCAACACACAGCAAGGAUGACAAGCCUUUCAAAUGUGUUCACUGCAAGGAGAGCUUUAAAACAUUUUCUGAGCUCACAGCCCAUAGAAGACAGGUGUGUCCGGAGAGACAGAUGGUGUGUAAAGAUUGCAAUGAAACCUUCCGAAGCGCUGGACUGCUGCGUGCUCACCGUCUGACCCAGCAUCCCCGCCCAGACGUAGACACCGCAGAACAACCGGAGGACUCUACAAAAACCCAUCGCUGUAAGAAGUGCGGGCAGGGAUUUGAAGUGGAAUCAGAGCUGCUAGCACACCAGGAGAAGUAUCCUGAAGGUCAGCAAUGCAACGGCAGUGCUUCGCCCAUCAAGAAACGUGGACGGCCUUCCAAAGCCGAAGAACCAGCUGGCGGUGAGAAAAAGGGAAAGCGGAAAAAGAAGGAAGAGGCAGAGGUGCCUGAGGAGGCAGUUAAGACCAGCAGCCCGUCAGAGCCAGCAGCAACCCCAGCGGAACAAAAGGGGAAAGCUGGCGGAGUAAAGCGUGGCCGUCCCUCUAAAGCAGCACCAAAAUCAGAAACGGAGGAUAAACAAAGUUCUGAAGAAGACAGUCAAGCUUCAGCAAAGGAGAAGAAACCCAAAGCAGACCCCGCUCCGCCUCGUCAGCACCCCUGCCCUGAGUGUGACCUCACGUUCCCCGGCUUGGUUCAGCUCCGCACCCACAAGAAGGAGAAACACACUCCACGGAAAGCCCACCCAUGUGAAGAAUGUGAAGAGAGCUUUGCCCGUCCUGAGCAGCUGGAUGCACACAUGUUGCGGGCUCACGCCUCCGGCCGCUUCGCCUGUCCGACCUGUGGGAAGAGUUUUGGCCGCGAGCGCACCUUGAAAGCUCACCAGAAAAGCCACCUAGACGAAAAGCCAGAAAACCCAAGUGCAAAGAGAUAAUUGAGAAAUUCAGAAAGUUUGUGGUUUUUGAAUAUUUUAGUCAUGCAUCAGCCCAUUGUUUUGUUAAUUUUUUUUAUUAUUAUUAUUUUAAAACUUGGGAAACCUUUUCAUUCGAGAACAUGUUAUGAAUGGUUUUUAGCAGGUUGCUGGAUUUAAAGUUGGGUUUGAUUAUGAACAGUUGAAAUUGUGAACAGACACGUCUCAUAAAUUGACUAACCAAGUAUUAAACCCAUAUGUUUCACCAUUUGUCAAAAUAGUCUAUUUGUAACUGUUUUGAAUAACUUUUUAAAUGAUUUCCCCCCCUUUUUUUUAGUGUGAAAUGUGUGUAAUGAAUUUAUUACUUAGUGUCUUGAGUUUAUUAACUCAUUUUGUGAUUUAGAAAAACAACAAAAAAAUCCUUCUCGUUUUCUCCCGGCAGAUUGACUCAGUUCAUAUGUUGAAACUAGUUGCCUCCUAGAGAUAUUAUGUUGGAAUGUUUAGGCAGUUUGUUAAAACGGCGUGCUAUGUACAGCUUCUUGCUAAUUUUUACACUUAAUAUUUUCAUUAUGUACCUUUAUAAAUUAAAAUUAAUGGUGGAUUUAUUUUAAAAUUAAGUUCUCCUUAAAAGUUAUUUGCCUAAGUGCUCCAGAUUUAACGUGGAGUGGUUGGCAUCUGGACAGACAUGAUCCACUAUAAUCUUCAUUUGUGCUAUACUAAAAUUUACUUCUUUUUUUUUUCUUUCUUUCUUUUUUCUCCCAACUUGUUAAAUAUUUCGUGUAUUUCUUAAAAGGCACUCAUGGCUUUUUUUAUGCCCAGGAGUCUAAGAAAGAAUUGUGUAUAUCAUGUUAUUCACUGACCAGAUUUUCUCUCACUGCAAUGUGUCUGGACACUGCAAAAAUGUAAUAAAUCAUGCUGUCCUGAGGGAGGCUGCUGAAGAAAGGAGUGGAUUUUCUGUCU